GUGGGGUUUACCUGCCUGGUGAACGCCAUGCUAAGGAAAACUCGUGGUACUCAUAUCUUGGCUGAUGCCACACACAAACACAUAGCAGUUCCUUCUGACAUUGCAUCUCGUUCUCCCCCAGUAGGUGUGCUUUGGCCAAGGAUGACACUCCAGUUCCCUAAUGCAGCUCAAGCAAGACAGCAACUGGAGUUAAAAUUUCACGCAGCCUUCCAAAGUGGGAAAAGUAUGACCUAUACUGUAGCUUGGUGUGUGCCAUGUCUAGCUUCAUUUGACACCCUCCAGGAAUUGUGUAGAAAAGAAAAACUCACAUGUAAAUCGAUUGGAAUCACCAAAAGGAAUCUAAACAAUUUUGAGGUGGAAUACUUGUGUAACUACAAGGUAGAAAAGGAUAUGGAAUAUUACCUUGUAAAGUGGAAAGGAUGGCCGGAGUCCACAAACACCUGGGAGCCUCUGGAAAAUCUCAAAUGUCCCUUGCUUCUUAAACACUUCUAUAAUGACCAGCGUCUGUAUUUGUCAAAGAUGAAGCAAGGGAAAAUAAUAACUCUAAAGAACAACGUUAAGAUUUUGAGGCCCGCGCUUGCCAAGUAUAUCGUAAAGAAGGCGAAACAAAGGAUAGCUCUGCAGAGGUGGCAAGAAGAACUCAACCGAAAAAAGAACCACGAUGGGAUGAUAUUCGUUGAAAACACUGUGGACCUGGAGGGUCCCCCGGUAGAUUUCUACUACAUUAAUGAAUACAAACCCGCUCCCGGAAUCAGUUUAGUAAGUGAAGCCACAGUUGGCUGUGUGUGCACUGACUGCUUCUUUGAAAAGUGUUGCCCGGCCGAAGCCGGAGUCCACUUGGCGUAUAAUAAAAACAACCAGAUCAAAAUCCAGCCGGGCACCCCCAUCUACGAAUGCAACUCCCAGUGCCAGUGCGGGCCCGACUGCCCCAAUAGGAUCGUGCAGAAAGGCACGCAGUACUCACUCUGCAUCUUUCGAACUAGCAACAACUGUGGCUGGGGAGUGAAAACCCUGGAGAAAAUUAAGAGGAUGAGUUUCGUCAUGGAGUAUGUCGGAGAGGUAAUUACAAGUGAGGAAGCGGAGAGAAGAGGACAGCUCUAUGAUGAUAAAGGAAUCACAUAUCUCUUUGAUUUGGACUAUGAAUCUGAUGAAUUUACAGUGGAUGCAGCUCGAUAUGGAAAUGUAUCACAUUUUGUGAAUCAUAGUUGUGACCCAAAUCUCCAGGUAUUCAAUGUCUUCAUCGAUAAUCUUGAUACUCGUCUUCCUCGGAUAGCAUUAUUUUCUACCAGAACAAUAAAGGCUGGAGAAGAACUCACGUUUGAUUACCAGAUGAAAGGUUCUGGAGACUUGUCUUCUGAGUCCAUCGACCUCAGUCCAGCCAAAAAGAGAGUCAGAACUGUGUGCAAGUGUGGUUCUGUGUCUUGCAGAGGUUACCUCAACUAAAAUUUCAGGAUGCAGACCUGAAGAUGGAGGCAGUUAUUUUACAAACACUGUAAAUGUAAGAUAGGAAACACAUUUUAAGGCCAUCAGUCCCCUUUUAGCAAGUGAAUUUUUUAUAUUUAAGUCUCUGAGAUAUUUUUACACAAUUUUAAAUCAAGAUUAUGCCUUAUGUUUUCCUAGUUUACUGUUUUUCUUUCAGAACAGCAUUAGCCAAAGACACAUUCCUGAUGUGUAUGAGUCUGGAAUUUUGGGAGCAUGCAACCUCAAGAAUGUUCCUCAGAGUAAAUCAGACCAUCAGUGUUGGAUGUGGUGUGGGCAAAGAAAGCUAUGAAACAAGAGCUGACUCCAUAAGGGAGUUUUUGUUUCGUACAAAAGUGCUGCUUAUGAACGUGCAAGUAUUAAGCACCGGCUCUCUGUAUGUGAGACGAACAUCGAGUUUGUUGAUUUAGCUACAUUUUUUGAAAAUUUAAAAAAAAGGAUCAUUUUAUUGAUUUGGGACUAGUGUGGAACUGAAUAUCAAAUCUACUCUAUUUUCUAAUUUUUAUAAGGAAUGGGGGGGGAAUUACUGAUACUGAAAUUUGUCAGUCUGAAAGUAAUUAUUCAAAACUAGAAUUGCAUACCUUGUAAAAGGUAUAUUUAUGUCUACCAAGCACCAGAGUGUUCUUGAGAACAGUGUUACUGUAUAUCUAUUCAAGAGUUUAUUAAUGUUUCACAGGACCUAAAUAUCUCAUGCAGACUUUAAUAUGCUUAGUUUCCAGGUAAUGUAACCUACCAUUCAUUAAUUAUGGCAUUUUCCAACGAUUUUAUGUUUACUGCUGUUUUUAAAUGGCUUCUGGUUUAUACAUGAAUCGAGUGGAAAUAUCCACUAAUGAGAGCUGAGUUUGUCUUGGCCAAAAUCGUGAUUCUGAAACGUGGAUCUGUUGGAAUUGGACCUGUAACUUAAAACAAAAAAUCAGUCUUUAUGAAAGUUUGAAGCUCUACGGAUGGUCUUGAGGAUUUCUAAAUGGCCUUAGAAAAUAUGUGGUGAGGUACACUAGUGCUUGAUAAGUUAAUUCAGCAGUGUUUAUUUCAUGGACUGCGAAGAAACUUUAUGCUAGCAGUAUUUUUUUCUCCCCAAGAUUGAUUUUUUAAAAUGUCAGUAGAAAUUGCUAGUAUUUGCAGACUUGAAUCACAGGUGUAAUGUAAAGCCAACUGGGUACUGAGAUUUUUGGGAUUGAUGCAGUAAGGGGGAAAAGGCAGUCACUGAUAGGUAGUAUCUAUACUACAGUUUGUAGUACAGUUUAGCCCAAUUAUUGCAACAUGUAAGGAGGGGAGAUGUUUGUGCCAAUAUAGUUUAUUAUUGAAGAUGGUGACAAGUAACACCCGUGUGGCUGUAAUGAACUUUGGGAAAGGGCAGUGUAGAGUAAUAUAGACAUAGCCCAGGACGCAACGGGGUUACGUUCUCUGAAAAUGUGGAUGUGCCAUGAAUGAUUGAUUAGAUCAUAGGGUAUAUUUGCCCCUGGUCUUGCAUACCAUUAGUUAGGCUCUGUGGCAGAACCUACUCCGUUCUCUCCUCCACCAUACCCUACCCCUCUCUCCCCCAAACUUGGUCCCUCUCCCUCCUGCCCCCUGAUCCUUCCCCCCGCCACAUUGUGACACAACCCCUCUAACCCUUCCUUCUUGUAGCCCAGUCUCCCUGCCCCAUAAUAAUAAUAAAAAAUAACAACAAUUGUGGUAUUUGUUAAGCAUUCACUAUGUGCCAACCACUGUUCU